CCAUUUUAGUUCACUGGGUUAACUUCAUCCAUUAUUUCUGUUAACGAGAAAGGCAAUUCGGUCAUUUUAUUGGAGUCAAAGCCAAAGAGAAGAGUCAAAGGACUGUAUUUAGGUGCUGAAUUUAGGAUUAGUAAAUCUUUUAUUUUUCAUUUAAGUACUCCAUUUCCUGCUUGUUAGUCAAUAUUAGAUGCGAGAUUUUAGGGAUUUCAUAUUUAUUGUAAUUGAUUUAUGUUUCCUUUUAUAUGUCUUGUAUUGUCCUAUAUAAGGACCUCCUAAUGUACUCAGUAAAAUAACACAAUACAAUACAAGUUUGAUUUGGUAUCAGAGCCAAAUCAGCUCCUCCAUAAUUCACGGCUGCCAAACCUUCUACCCAGCCAGAAACCCUAACAGCAGCAGCGCUGCCUACUGCAGCCGCCACCACCUUUACCGAAAAUAAACCCUUCCAAUCACUAUGGCAGCCAUUACAACCCUAACAAACCAGGAGAAAACUAUUCACAACUCUCACAAAUUCGCUUUUAACCUAAAACCUACCAACUAUGGCCAUUGGAGAUCAAUGAUAGAAUCUUCAUUUUUCUGUUUCACGCGCUGCAUCAGUUGGUAUCAGAGCCGAAUUCCUGGCUCAAAAUGCCUCCGAGGAGAAACAACAACAGGCCUCUUGAUGAAGUGUAUGAACGAGAGUUGGAGCAGCGACUUAUGGCAAAGGUGGAUGAACGGUUGGAUCAAGUGGUCAAUCAGUUGACUGAUCGGAUGGCCGAUUUGAUCAAUCGUAGGAGGCAGGGACCCAAUGACGGGUAUGGUUCUGAUUUUAGUAACCCAUUUGGUGACGGUUCGGCUUCCGAAGACGAACAGGAAGGGCGACCAAGGGGUGAACGUGGAGGGGGUAACAUGCGUUGGGAUUCUGGAAUAAGAGUUGAUAUUCCGGAAUUUGAUGGGUCUAGUUUGAAUCCGGAGAGGUUCAUCGAUUGGUUGGCUACCGUAGAGGAGGUGUUCGAGUACAAGGAGGUGCCUGAAAAUAAGCGGGUGGCCUUGAUCGCUAACAGGUUACGUGGUAGGGCCUCUGCGUGGUGGCAACAAUUGAAAUUAACACGGGAUAGACUCGGGAAGUCAAGGAUUGUGACGUGGGACAAGAUGAAAAAGUGCUUGCGGUCCAAUUUUUUGCCUCAUAAUUUUCAAAGGUUGAUGUACCAGCGUCUGCAGAAUUUGAAACAGGGGGCUAAAUCGGUUGAUGAUUAUACCACAGAGUUUUACCAGUUGAUUGCGAGGAAUGAUAUUCAAGAACCAGAGGAGCAACUUGUUUCUCGGUAUAUUGGGGGUCUAAGGGUUCAGAUCAUGGAGGCCGUGAAUCUUUUUGAUCCGUUAACCAUUCCUGAGGCACACCAACGGGCGUUGGCCUUUGAGAAGUAAAACCGUUGGGUGGGCGGUUCAUUUA